UUUUUAUUGUUUCAGGUGGAAGAAAUACGAGAGAUGAUAGACAAGAUUCAGGCAAACGUCGAAGAGGUAAAGAAGAAGCACAGUGCCAUCCUAUCCGCACCGCAGUCAGAUGAAAAAACAAAGCACGAAUUAGAAGAUCUCAUGGCUGACGUCAAGAAAACUGCCAAUAAAGUCAGAGGAAAAUUAAAACACAUAGAGCAGAACAUCGAACAAGAGGAGCACUCUAACAAAUCUUCAGCGGAUCUCAGGAUAAGAAAGACGCAGCAUUCCACGCUGUCGCGCAAGUUCGUCGAAGUGAUGACCGAGUACAACCGGACGCAGACCGACUACCGGGACCGCUGCAAGAGCAGGAUACAGCGGCAGCUGGAGAUCACCGGCCGCGCCACCACCGACGACGAGCUUGAAGAGAUGCUGGAACAGGGCAACUCCGCCGUUUUCACCCAGGGGAUAAUAAUGGAGACGCAGCAGGCCAAGCAGACGCUGGCGGACAUCGAGGCGCGGCACGCCGACAUCAUCAAGCUCGAGACCUCCAUCCGCGAGUUGCACGACAUGUUCAUGGACAUGGCGAUGCUCGUCGAAAGCCAGGGCGAAAUGAUCGACCGCAUUGAGUAUCAUGUAGAACACGCUGUGGACUAUGUCCAAACUGCCACACAAGAUACAAAGAAGGCCCUUAAAUAUCAGAGCAAAGCUCGACGGAAGAAGAUAAUGAUCAUGGUGUGCCUACUCGUGUUGGGCCUGAUCGCGACGGGCUACGUGUAUAACACGUUCUUCUAAUUACCGGGGGCAGGUUUGAACUGACGAGUACCAUUCUGGGCUUCAUAGAACGGCAUAUUAGUUUACAAUGUCGAUUGCGUAGAUGGCAGUUGUUUUACAAUCAUAAUCAUAAAUCUAGAGCCAUUUCAGAACAUGAGUAAGCGCAUUGAAUUCGAUCCAAAAGUAUUGUUCGGUAAUUGAAAUUCGAUUGGUUAUAGAAAUUUGCAUGGGUCCAAUACACUUGAAUGUACGUGUAUAAAGACCAAAGCUAGUAGGGCCUUGUAAGAUGCUGAUUUAAACAUUGUAAUCUUAAAGUGGUAGCAGAAGUCUUAUAAAUGCCAGGCUCAACAAUAUUCUCAUUAUAUCCCCACUCACACUUACGUAUUUAUUGUUAUACUAUUUAUAAGACAUCUUUUUAUCCCUAUGCAUGAUUUUGUAGUUAAUAUUAUUUGUGUAUUGAAGUAUAUAUUUUUUUAUUCAUAAAACACCCUGGUUUCCAUUGUGACUGUUGCUAUAGUUAUAAUGAUACGCCUCAACUCAAUUACCUGCAAUAUAAGGCACAAUAAAUUAUUUAAUUGAGAUUGGAGGCAGUCAGUAUAAAACUAUAAUCCUACUAUAAAAUUGAAUUCACAGAUUUUCUUGAUUGAUUGACUGAAUUGAUUCACAGGCACCAAGAGAAUAAUCGAUAGCAUAUUUAUUUUGUACCUUUUGCUGCUGUUCCCUGAAAAUUUAAGAUAAGUAUGGGGCCAGCUGAUGUGAGGGCCAUAAAGGAAUCAAUUACAAAUUAAUUAAUUAAUUAGAUUAGACUACAAUUAUUUAUUAAAACGAUUUUGUUAUCAUCAGUAUUUAUAUUAUGUAUUGUAGUCAUUAUUUAUCCCAUAAAUAAACAAGUGCCUUCGUCGAUUACUUGCAUCAGUAUUCGGAAAACCGGGGUAUCAGGCAGAAUUAUUAUUAAAUAUUUACGCGAGACCUCUAUUUUCCUUUUGUAUUUUGUAGUAUUUAUAAAGAUGUCUAGCGUAUUUACUUAGUUCUUUUUCUUGGGUUGUCUAAUUUAUGAAAAAAAAAAAACAAUUUAAACGUAACAAUACGGAAUAAUUGUAAUUUUUUUGUUAAAAUUAAAGUAGGUACUUAUGAACACAGAACAUCUAAGGUCAAGAAGAGAUGAUGUUGAAUUGUUCAUACAAUUAUUAAUGCUGAAUGAAUCCUUUCAAUUUUUAUUAAAAUUACAUUCAUGUUUAGCACGCAUUUAAUAAAGCAGCAUGCAGAUGUCAAAUCUUCGAUCAAAAAUAUAAACUUAGGAUGACACAAUGUUCAAGUUGAUUUAAGGUCACUAUAAUUACAUAAUUAUUUUCAUAUAGGUUUUUCUUAUUGGUCGAAGAUGAUAAACCAAGGUCCGUAUUUUGAGAUAAAGCUCAAAAUUCGAUUCAAUCUCAAGCUUGCUUAAACCUAUUCAAGCCUGUUAUUGGUUUCAGUAUCAAGCCCAAUAACAAGGUUUUGAAUUUAUGUAUUUUUGAGUGUAGAUUCGAAAUUGGGUUCUGUCUCAUAGUACGGGCCUAAAUUAUUAUAAUUGCUUCCUACACACAUGGCAAGUAUAAAUCAGACAACCCUUUUAUACCCCCACAUUAUUUUCUCUUUUAGCACCCUUAUUUAAUUUUUCUUAUUAAGUAUAUAUUUUUACUACAGACUUACUAAUGUAGACAUAUUUCACUAGGAAGUUUUUACGUAAUAUUGUAAUUAGGUACAUACAGACAACAUUAUACAGCAAAGUAUACAUAAUUUAACAGAUAUUUGGACCCUAUACAGUUGCUAGAUCUCGUGAUAGAACUGACGAGUAUACAAUAUUAGACUUAUUUAAUUUUACACUAAGAGACGUAUUCCAUAGCCUUAUUGAUAGAUUUAUUAAUUACUCGAAUGUCAGUAAGUAGAUUUUAUUAUAUGUUUGAAAGUUUAUUUUGCUAGUUUUAUAGUGAACAUUGAAUUUGGUUUCCAGGACAGUGAAACAAAGAAAUAUCGUCGCAUUCAUAACGGUGCCUGCAUUCUGCCUGGCUCGGAGCCCCCGCCCGCGGUCCCGCGCGGCGCCACCCAUCAGGGCCCGUUCUGCCACCUUACAGUUGUUAAAUCAUGAGCAUUCGCUUAUACUGUUCAUUUAAUCAAAUUAUUCUAAGACGCAAUAAUCCAUGAUGUAAUUAGUAAGUACAAUAUGUAGACAUUAAUAACAAUACUUAGACCGUUUUCGUGAAUUUAUUCUUAUAACUGAAAGAUCUACAGAUAAUAAUCUAUUCGUUUAACGGAUAAAUCCGCCGACGGAAUUAGUAAUCGUAUUAUUAGUGUAAACAUAGCUAAGCGUGGAAGCUUAUAAUCAGCCUAAAGACACGACACUUAAUCAUAUUUAUGCAACAACUACAAUGUCAUUUACUAUAUUUAAAUAAUAUACGCAAAACAUUAUAGUAGCAUUUUCAAAACCUACGAUCUUUAAUUAAAACGGGUAAUAUUAAAGGGCAGAAAGACAGUACAAGUUAUCAGUAUUCGAAUCGGUACAGCGGUACACACGGAAGAAAGGUUCUACCUCACCCUAUACGAGUAAUUCGCAGCGUAACUGCAAGUGAGAUUACUUGCGCCAAAAUAGGUAUGAUGUUCAGCCGGAUGUUUGAUUUUGGAAGAGUGGUGUAGCCGUAAGGUUGCAACCUGCGCGCGAGGCGCCGGCCCCGGCUGUCGCGGCCCUCCCUGGCACGCAGACUGGCCCCACCGGGCCCCACGGCUGGCCCCCGCGCAGCCGGGGCCGGCGGCUUCGCCCGCUCACAGCAUAUCGCGCCGGCGUGCCGACGCCGUAGCAAUAAUGUUCGAUUACAAUUGUAAAAUUGUUUUAACUUUCGAAUGUGUGAUAGUAGAUGCAGUUGUUGUUUAGUUAACUUUAUAAUAUAAUGAAUUGUUAUUGUGAGUGUAACUUUUAAUAAACAGUAAGAGUACUUUAAAAACUUUUCAAUAUAGUAAUACAGUCAUACAAAUUUGGGGCUUUUCGAUCAGAUUUAUAGUUGGAUGAAUUAUUGAAAUUUAAUUUCGUACCUUUUAAGACGCUCUUCGUUGUACAGUAAGAUACAUAAUGUAGCCGUUUUAGCUAGGAUAAAUUUUUUAAUAAAUUUGGAGGUACCAGUCUUCAGCAAUAUAAUAAUAGUUAUCGAACAGUAUUUUACGUUUGUAAUAUUACUUACAUUUUCGUAGAGAAAAAUCACUCGAAAAUUUAAGCACCAACAUUAUAUUAGCAUUUUCCUAUAAGAAAAUAAUUAUAUUUAAUGAUAAUUAAAAGAUAUUUGCGAAGGUUUAAAGUAGUCAUCAUAAUGGCAUAUUGUUGAAAUGUGGAUAUUAAGGAUUUGAGAGGAGCGAUGCGAAAAACGGCACUAAAGCCCUGCCCUCGCCCCGCGUCCCGCAUAUAAGAAUAUGAAGCAAUGUUAAUUUUAACAUUUAUAGCAUAAUUAGAUUUUUAUCCUUAAAUGUAGGAUUUCAUCUAGUUGCCUUCGUAACGGUAGAGAAGUUAGGUGAUACCUUUUCUCUCGGUAGCUUCAUUAUAAAGUGAGGUCAGUCGCAAUUCCACUCGCCAGUCAAUUGUUGCUUGUCUUCCGAGCAGGCGCUAGUCCCCUCGCUGCCGGCCGGCGUCGCCGCGGGCGGCUGUCGGGAUGGACUGUCGCCUGGACAGCAUUAGCACUCCGGCACUCUUAGCGCAAGGCUGCCUUUCAAUAAAUUAAUUGCUGCAUCAAACAGCUUCAAAUUGGCGUCAAGGCAGAUAGCGCCACCGACUCCCGGAGAAGUCCAGUACCUGCAAUAAACGCAAUUUGCGUAUUAGAGUACGAAUUACAACGGCUAUAACGGCUGUACAGACCAAACUCCCACCUAAUGUUGUCAAUUACGUACAUGAUUCACCAUGUGCCGUUGAAUGAAUUUCGCUGUUGUAUUUCUUAGUUAAGACAGCCUCUAAGAACUGACUGAAUGCAAAGAUGUGUUCUAGAAUUAAUUACGUUUAAUGUUUUAAUAUGGACUUGCGCUAAGAUGCUUUGGAGAUCAAUCCCUAGUCGGCAUCCAGCGGCGACGCCUUGCCUAGUGCAGCCUGCAUUCGGCGCGCACUCCCGCGCUCAUCUCGACGUCAUGUCUUCGCGCUGACACUAGCUAGUUGCAUCUAACCUCAUCGUAUUUCUAGUAUAAGAUUAACUGGUCUCGUUGCGAGACCGCGUACCUGACACCAAUGUAUCGUAAUGGUAGGAGGAGCCGCAGUGUCGCACUGCGAGCGAGCCCACGGGCUCGGCUUCUCCGAGAACAUUCGCACAACGCGCGGAGCAAGCUUCCGCAGUCGGCAGGGGAGUUGCGAUCGCUUACAACGACCGACUCCCCGCUCGAGUUUAUUUGUAAAAUAAAGUGUUAGAGUAGGCAUAACAAACUUCUAGUCAGCUUUCAAUGAUCUCUUAUUCUGAUAAUCGUAAUAAUAUCGCAGUUAUAAUCCUUCUGUUACUAGUGUACAUAAGUGAGGUCCCGUGUUCAAGCGUCCGCGGCACACGUGUGCGGAUCGAGACGCGCGUUCUAACAAAUCUCAAUGUUAUCGUGAAACAUAAAUAGAUAUUUUCAUAAUCAAUAGUAUUGCAUAAUGUUGAUUGGAUUGCUAAUUUUGUAUAAGUACACAAUUAGUAUAGUUUAUAUACUUAUGUGUCAAUUCUUAUAGCGUUUUAUUACAUUACCAGAUGAUAGCUAGUAAGUGUUAAACGUAAUCCAAAUACAUAACUAACAGUGCUGUUUAUUAAGCUUAUUCGACAGUUUUUGUUCACAUGAUAAUGAAUGAAGAUAUACCCUUGUAAACUCUAUCAAUUAUGAAACACUAUUUAGACUUUAUAAUCAAAUUCAAUUCGGUAGAUCCGUAACUGUUUAUACAUAAUAAAACUGUUUAAUUAUCUUCUGGAAAUUAUGCUUGUGAAUUUAAGAAACAACGAACAUUCAAAUGUAUUUGUAAGAUAAUAAAAUCAUGCGUUUUGGACAUUCCAUAAAUUCCAAUUUAUUAAAAUGAGAAAGGAAUUUAUAUUUUGUGUGGCUGUUCUAUCUAUACGUUUGUUUAUCUCGCAAAUAUAUUCCCCGCAAGCGUAUCCUAUAACAUAGCAUUCUGCUUGCUGCAGAAUACCCUAAUAAUACGUGUAGGGUGUCCCCUACUUUAUUUGUUGUGAUACCGGCAAACGUCAUCUUGCAAUAUCAUUAAACAAUUAUAUUAUAAUAUCCUACUGUUGUAAGUGUUAUUGAUUCUUUACAAAUUAAUAUAAUAUAGAAUUUACUGUAGCAGUUUAACGAUAAAUGGGGUAACCAAUUGUGACUUCGUCUUAGACACAUUUUAAAACUUAAAGUUUCAAAUACUUAACUCUCUCACCAAAUAGAAUUAUCAUCUCUCACAAACCUAGAAGAUUGUUAAAACCUUAUGUGAUUGCAAUCUGGCUGACUGCCCGUGUGAUUGGCAUAUAAAAUUUUACAUAAAAAUGACCUGUUGCUGGUAUCAUAGCAAAAUUACAGCAAUGCCAACAGCUGCGUUGAAUAAUCCCGCAAGUUUAUUGCUGUACCCACUGUUAGUAUACCCGAUCAUAUUGCCAGUAGUCAACGGUAAACCUUUGCCAACACACUGCUUAGGGACAUCAGCAACCAACUCAAGUAUUCGAAUCCCUGUGCUCCCCGCUUAAAGGGUAAAUAUUGUGGCAAGGCGUUGGCGGACUGGCAGUGUGGCCGUGUAUACCUUAUAAUAUUGUUUAUUGGUAGAGUCGCUAGACUUCGAUUGUAGUUAAAUGUUCGUAAUUAACAAGUAUCCUCAAAUUGUGCUUUGUUCUUUCAAACUAUUUGAUGUUGCUUGACGUUAAAUAAUGUGAAACAUUGAAAAUAUUAGAGUCUAUUAUUUCAUUUUAAAUCGUGUUACUUUAUAACAUUUGUUUAGUUUAGACGAAAAUGUUGAAAUACAUAGUUUAGUAUGGUUCUACGAAAGUUUCUUGUACCUAUAUAAGUAUUUCAGAAUUUAUAUUAAAAUUGUAUCCCUCUUUAUGAUAAAUUGUCUUGUAAUCUUCUUAUAAAGGAACACUGAAAACUAAACUAUCAUAACUAAAGUAUUGUAUUACAAAUUAACAGUGAGAUUCUGGACACACAAUGUAAAAUUCAAGUUAGAUUGGUUUUAUAGUCAUAUUCUGUACGUAGGUUAUCAAUCUGAAAUUCUCUCAUAA